UGAGCAGUCGAAAACGAGCAAGGUUCACAGUGCGUCAUCACCUCUCCAAACAACCGCAUGUUCGCUCGUUGGGACGGUGAGAUAGCGGUGUCUUCUCAUGUCGCUGCCUCAUCCUCCGCGGAAAACAUCGGCUGAUGAAAGCAAGCGUCUCUUUUGGUGUGGCGGACUGGCAAUCCGGAACCGAUUGGCUCUAUCUUCGUCUGUAGGGGAUGACCGACGAGAUAGCACCAAGCAGCUGCAAGAGUAACGCUGGGAGCUCCAGUAUUGAGCAAAUGCUGACUGCGAACCCCGGCAAGACGCCCAUCAGUCUUCUGCAGGAGUAUGGAACGAGGAUAGGCAAGACUCCAGUGUACGAUCUGCUUAAGGCAGAGGGUCAGGCGCACCAACCCAACUUCACGUUCCGUGUGUCCGUGGGAGACAUCAGUUGCACCGGUCAAGGCCCGAGUAAGAAGGCCGCGAAGCACAAGGCAGCCGAGGCUGCCCUGAAGAUGCUGAAAGCAGGCGCCGGCAGUUCUGUUGUCGUUUGUGGAGGAGGAGAGGCGUUCGUUGCGGUGGAGGCGGCAGUUGACGGAGAGAGCCCACCAUUAGAGAUGAAGACUUCCAGAAGCUCGUCCCAACAGUCUGAGUGCAACCCUGUGGGAGCUCUCCAGGAGCUGGUGGUGCAGAAGGGCUGGCGCCUUCCGGAUUACACCGUUACCCAGGAGUCAGGACCCGCUCACCGCAAGGAGUUCACCAUGACCUGCCGCGUCGAGAGGUUCAUAGAAAUAGGAAGUGGCACGUCUAAGAAGCUGGCCAAGCGGAACGCGGCCGCUAAGAUGCUGUCCCGUAUCCAUGACGUCCCCGUCGACCUGAGGAGCAGCCACGAGGCUGAGGCUGAGGAGGACACCUUCACCAUGCACCUGGGCAGCCGGGUGGAGUCGGGGAAGUGUAAAGGCCUGGGCUGCACCUGGGACUCUCUGCGUAACUCUGCUGGGGAGAAGAUCCUGCAGCUCCGAAGCCACCCCCUGGGCAUGCCCAGCUCCAACUUCUGCUCUCUGCUCAGCGACCUCUCAGAGGAGCAACGCUUCGACGUCUGCUACCUGGACAUAGGUAUGUCCCCCCUCUCCCUCUGCUACCUGGACAUAGAGGAGCGCAGUCUGAGUGGGCUGUGCCAGUGUCUGGUGGAGCUGUCGACUCAGCCAAUCACAGUGUGCCAUGGCUUCGCCCCCAGCCAGGACGCCGCGCGCUCAAGCGCGGCCCACAAUGCACUGCAGUACCUCAAGAUCAUGGCCGGAGGGAAGUGAUGUCAUCCUCCCCAACGCCUGGAACUCUGGCGGGAGCGGACGGAUGUGACCGUAGCCACGGAAACGACCCCUGUGGACCGCUUUAACCCCGAAUGAGUAAUGAACUGUCCCAGAGGGGAGGAGAGACUUUCCCCUCUGCCAAUCAGGAGACCUGAUAUUUAUCUCUUCCUCUUCAUGCCUCUAGACGUCCUCUGAAGAUCCCCUAACCUGCCCCCUAUCUGCCCCCCGAGAUCCCCUUACCUACCCCCUAUCUGCCCGUAAACCCCAAGGAGACAAGGACUCUGUUCAGACUUCAGCCCAGACCCAGGCCUUUAGCCAAGGCCAGAACCAGGCCUAUAGCCCAGGCCAGAACCAGGCCUUUAGCCCAGGCCAGAAGCAGGCCUUUAGCCCGGGCCAGAACGAGACCCAGGCCCUUUAUAGCCCAGGCAUCUAUUGGACUCCAAAAUGCCUCCUGCUUGCCUUCAGAUUAUGUGCCACCAUGUCAAACUGUAGCAGGAAAAAAAAUAAUUGAUCUGUCAAAUAUGUAAUUAUUGGACUUGCGGAAAAAUGAUUCCUGAAAUGAGUUGGACACUCAAGAGUAUCUAGACUGAGUUCUGUUUUAGAAGAUUUGAACGUCUGUUGCCCUGAUGACUCUGGUGAAGGUAUUACUGAGAAUCUACCCCAAACUACCACCUCUGCCCUUACUGCCAGACCUGUGCUCAUUGCCUUGUCAGAUAGAUUUAACUGAAGUUAAGAAUAGUAAAUAGUGGUUUGUCUUUUAUGGACACACUGAGCUACCUCCAGGAUUUCCUGCAUGCCUCUUUUAACCUGAGCAGUGAUUCUCCAGGGCUGGGUGGUGCUUGGUUCACUAGCAGCAUGCCCACUACUUUGUACUCGACACCACUGGCAUUAACUGAGUGGCUAUUUCGUAAAUUGACCAAUGGUUAUGUGUUAUGUGUCUGUGUUUGCUAUAACCCCGUUUGAAACUGUAUUUUGGUCCUAUUAUUGAACAAAAUGAAACCGAAACGGCUCAGUGUUAAGAUCGCUUAGAGCUGUAUGUCAGUGUAGUCUCUGGCAUGUGGUUCACAGUAGUAGAAAGCAGGUUUUUUUUGUGGACAAACUUGAUUCUGAAAGGUUUCCAGGUGGUUUCUCAUCAAGGAAAUAACCCCUACACUUGACAUUCCUCUCAUCGUCCCCCUCCCCCAGUUCGGACUAGAUCAUGUUGCUGCUGUGUCUACCUUAACCAAGUAGAUGUCACUGUGCUUGUUCAUCCCCCGUCAGUGGAACACUUUUUCACAAGGCUCAACCCCUCACCCUGUUCAUCAAGUCACGGUAGUUAAAUCAAAGAUUUUCAGAUUUAGCAUCUUAAUCUGGAUUACAGUUUUAUAUUUUCUCUCAGCAUCGGUUAAAUCCACACAACUGUACCGUUUGUCCCAAUCUUCACUCCUCCGUUUCUCUUUUUUAUAAAUGGCUGUGGAUUGUUUACCUCCCCGGUAACCAGGCACUCGCCUGCCUAGUCCCACCAGGUUGCCGAGGGCCCGCAGGUGUGGUUGCAGGGAAGGUAACCUUGGCAACCGCCCUGACCACACUGCCUUGUUUUAUCUACCUCUGGAAGGGUCACGUUGUUGGUAAAAAUAAAAUCCUCGUCCGACACAUUCAUCACACAUAUUUUUUUCGGAAAGCAGAUGCCAAUAUUUAAGCUCUUCCACUGAUAUGUUAAAUUGGUCUGUUUUUAUUAAAUAUGUUUGGGCGAGUUCACUUGUCACCUGGAACAAUUUAUUUCUUCUAGCAGAUAGGAUCGUCCUGCUAGCAGCUAGCAAGGACAGUCCUGUUAGCUAGGAUAGUCCGCUAUAGCCGCUUGCUAGCAUAGGCCUGCUAGCCACUGGCUAGGAUAGUCCGCUAUAGCCGCUGGCUAGCAUAAGCCUGCUAGCCACUGGCUAGGAUAGUCCGCUAUAGCCGCUGGCUAGCAUAGGCCUGCUAGCCACUGGCUAGGAUAGUCCUGCUAGCUGGUUUGAUGGUCUCCUAAUAUGAUUGACUGAUUGAUCUGAAACGUGGCCUGUAAGGGUCCCAAGUUUUAGGAUCUGUUUUAUUAAUAUAAUUUUGAAUAAAAUAUUUUUCAAAUACA